AAAUCAUGGCUUCAUCGAGCCGUACCUGCAUCUCCCACCCCGCCCACCUGCAACACGAGCUGACGCUCGAGGGGACUGGGAAGUUCGUGUGCAAUGGUUGUCAUGAGUACGGCAUAGGAGAGAGGUAUAGAUGCCAGACAUGCGGGUACAACCUGCACGACAAAUGCGCCUUCGAGGAAGGAACGAAGAUUGUGCAUCCCUUGCUUAAGAACAUUGAGCUGCAGUUGCGGUUCGCCCCCGCCGGUCCCGAGGGCUCCAAGCUGGUAUGCGACGCGUGUGGCGACGAUGUGACGGGAUUCCAUUACCACAGCAGCAAGUUGUGCCUUCACCCGUGUUGCUGCGAGAAGCCACCGGAUGGUAAGGUGAGGGAGAAGAAGGAUGCCCCCAGGGGAAACCUGGGCUGGCGUAUGCUGUAUGUAAGCGGCGUAGUGGUGCAUGUGACCAUGGCCGCUCUUACCGGAGAUUUUACGGAGGUGAUUAAUAAGUUCUCUGAAUAGUUACUUGCUUUUAUGUAUGCUCAAUUUGUAAUACUUACCAUGCUUGUGUGUGUUAAUAAGGUUCGAUG